GUGGAUUGGAUGACCAUCCAUGCAUGCACAAUCAUAAUAAUGUUAUUUAUUUAGGACUAAGAGUCCAAAGCAAACAAGUCAAGCUAUAUAAAGAGAGCUUUGUGCACACCUGGUUUCAUCUGCUGACCAGUUGCUUGCACCACAGACAGUGAUCAUUUUCAGUUCUUAAAAAAACAUUUGACUUUGAAGUUUGAUUGAGCAGCUUCUCUGUGCUUUUUCAACGUCAAAGAACUCCACAACUCCCAGCAAAGCCGUCAUGAAAGUUGCUGUGGUUUUGUCUGGUUGUGGUGUUUAUGAUGGCACAGAAGUCCAUGAGGCCGCUGCCAUCCUGGUCCAUCUGAGUCGCGGAGAAGCUGACGUGGAUAUAUUCGCCCCUGAUGUGGACCAGAUGCAUGUGGUUGACCACACCAAGGGGCAGCCAGCUGAGGGCCAGACAAGAAAUGUUCUGGUGGAGUCGGCCCGUAUCGCUCGUGGAAAAAUCUCACCUCUGAGCGCGCUCAACGCGUCUACCCAUGAUGCAGUUCUCUUUCCAGGGGGUUUUGGGGCUGCCAAGAACUUAUCGACAGUCGCCACUGAGGGUGCAAACUGCACAGUGAACCCUGAUGUGGAAAGAGUUAUAAAGGAUUUCCACAAAGCCAAAAAACCUAUUGGGUUAUGUUGCAUUUCACCAACCCUAGCUGCCAAAGUCAUCCCUGGAUGUGAGGUCACUGUAGGUCAUGACAAGGAUGACGGAGGGAGGUGGCCGUAUGCUGGAACAGCCGGAACCAUUGAACAGAUGGGGAGUAAGCACAUCAACAAGAAUGUCUCAGAGAUCCAUGUAGAUGCAGCCAACAAGAUUGUGACGACGCCCGCCUUCAUGUGCGAAACAAAACUUCAUGAGAUACAUGACGGCAUUGGCAAGAUGGUGACAGAAGUACUGAGUAUGGCCAAGUAAAUCUGGGUUGUAACAACACUGGAAGUAAUAGCAUUAUAGGACAUUCUAAAUACAGAGGGGCUAGUAAUUACCACUGGUAAUGGAAAUGGAUUUGGUCUGAUGGGUGCCUGUCAUGUAAGGGCCCAAUUUCAUAGAGCUGCUUAUGCAGAAAUAUUUGCUUUACAAUUCCUGCUUAGCAGAAAUAAGCAGAAUACCAGUCACAAAUUGAACAUGUGACAUGGUAUUUUGGUAGGUUACUAUAAUCUGGUAAGUAUAAUGUAGCUGUGCUUUAGCUACUUUUUUGUGCUUAAGCAGCUCUAUGAAACUGGGCCACGGAAUUGACAGUGAUUCAGGGACCUACAGCAGUGAAUGUAUUUUUACCCAAACUAAAAGACAGUGUUGUGUAUCGCUGCGGGGGAGGGACUCCUGCUCAGAAUUCUUAGCCAACCAGGACCCCCAUCCCCCCUCCCCCCAUCCCAUCCCAACACCCCAAAGGCAAUCCAGGUAGUUGAAAGAGGAUACUGAAAGCAAUGUGUGCAUUCUGAACGUUUGUUCUUGACAUUGUGUGUAGGUUUCAUUUAUCUGUAUUCAAACAUUAAUUCAAAAAAAUGAUCUGCUGUCGAUUCAACCUGGGGAGGACAAAUAUUUAGAGCAAUGUCACACACAAAACAAAACAAAAAUUGUAUUUACAGAGGGCCUGUACCAGUGUCUUCAAAAAGAUUUAUUAAUUGGAGGGGCUUCAUAAGAUUUCUCAUAUAUCAAGGCUUUAUAAGUUUUCGUAUAGAUUAUGAUAAAUUAAAUUAGUGCUCAAAGCACAUUAUAUAUUCACACUAACACCAACUGAAUUUAGCACUGCUAAGAGUGUGCACAAAAUUGGUAGUGUUUAAUGUAAAAUAAUGUUCACAAAUUUGCUCAUAAAUUACAGGGUAAUGAGUCAGUCAUGAUGGGAAACUUCACCGGAAAUGUUUCUGAUUGAAAUGCGAUAGUUUUUGAGAAAUGAGUUACACAACUCAGAUUGAUCUUGCAAGUCCAGAACUCAUUGUUUGAAAAACAGUGAAAACAUUUUAAGGAUUUUUCCACUUUUUUAUUGUGACUCCAAUGACCGAUUGAGCUCGGA